GAAAGGAGUAGCAGCCAACAGACAAUUGGAACGAGGGGCUUCGACGAAAACUGGUUUCGUUCGCAGCCGAGUCGUAACCCUGGAAGAGAAAGAGCAACUCCGGCGAUCGUCAUUCAAGGUCCUUCUGCGAUAUCCCGCUGCGGUACAGAUCCAAGUUCCUCGAUUGAUAUCUAGGAAUCGCCUCCCAUGUCGGCGCUGUUCAAUUUCCAUUCUUUCCUGAUGGUGGUGCUGUUCAUGAUCUGCACCUGCACCUACAUCAAGAUGCAAUUCCCUGCCAUUCUCGAGCAAAGGACAGGGUUUCGUGGUUUCUUCUGGAAGGCUGCUAGAAUAGGCGAACGACUAAGCCCAUGGGUAGCCUUGGGUUGCUUUGCAAUGGGUAUUUCCAUCAUUAUUUUCUGACUGAAUGUAAGUUAUACUUAACGAGUUAUUUUUACUUGCUGGUGGACUUCUGGCUUCUUUUGCACCAACAAUAUUAAUUUUCCAUUAGCGAGUUUGAAGACGGUUGUAAUUAGCGGUCUCUACAUUUGUUGAAGUACAAUGCCAUUCUUUCCCUCUUA